ACCACUACUACUACCACUACUACCACUACUACUACUGUUAAUAUAGGUUGACAUACCAGUGCUUACCCGUUGAUAACUUUUAAAGUUUUAACAAAACAAACAAACAGAUAGAUUAACAGAGAAAUCAUGUUAUCAAUGAUAAUGACGAUGACGACAACUGUCCUCAUAUUGGCAGUGACGGCAAUGUCGGUGUCCGGCAAACCAGUCAUCCAAUGGUCAAACAACAGUACGACAUCAUCAUCAUCAUUGAUGGCCAAUAAGACAACUACAACAACACCGAUGCCAUUGUUGAUCCAUUGCCGAUCGGGUCAGUACAUCAAACGCGACUGCAAAUUCUACAUCGACUGCCAUCGGGGGUUCUGGAGGCGAAACUUUUGUCCGGGACUGACCGUCUGGAAUCACGAUAGCAAACUGUGCGACGACAUACACAACGUACCCGAAUGUCUGGCCAUGUACAAGGACAAGAUUAACCCGAUGUUGGUCAAGUCUACCACCACCGCUACAGCCACCAUCACAACUACCGUUCCAACAAUGACUACCCCCACUACUACAACUACUCCUACAGCAGCAACAACAACCAUAGGACCUACCAAUGAGUUGGCUGCCAAUAACAAUAAUAAUAAUAACUAUAGGCGCCGUCAUAAGUAUCGUCCAUUGAAAAAAAGAAAGCCUACCAUUAUAUCUGAAGAGGUGGUCGAUGUGGAUGACGACGACGACGAUUAUGUGGACAACAGGAAGGAGGACAACGAUGAUGAAGAUGAAGGUAUGGUUGUCGAACCGGUAGUCGACAAUGAACUGCCGCCGGUUGUUGUUGUGGUGGACGACCAUCAAACUAAUAGGAGACUACAUAAGACUAAUAAGGAGGACGGCGGUUCGGAUUUGGCUAAAAAGUGGCCACCAAUUGAUAGGGCACACCAUAGCCGACGAGUUCCGGUCCCCACCACUACUACUACUACUGUCAUCGAUGUCGUCAACAGUGGUCAUCGCUAUAAGUCGACUAUACAUCCAUCAGCAGCCAGUGAUGAUGUUGGUUGGAUCAGUGGUGACGCCGAUACCGAUGCCAAUGAUGGCCUAACAUUGUUUACACUUAGGAUACCUGAGCUGGUCUAUCGAUGGCUGAAAUUAGAUUAA